AAUUCACAUACGUCUCAUUUUAAAAAAUUGAUGAUACUGUAAGGGUUAUAAAGGCUCUAGCCCACAUUAAUAAUUUUAGUGAGGUUCGACCCACCACUUUAGCUGUUUAGCUGGGAGGUGAACGUCCGCUUGCAAACAGCGCAUUAUUAUAUUUAGCUGGCGAACGACAGCUCUUUGUUUGUGGUCAGUGAAUUUGUAACCAGGCAACCGAGCAGGGUGAGUUUGAUUUCGCUCCUAUAUUGUUUUGAGGGCUGUUCGUGUUCAGUGUUCAGCCUACCGUGUGCGUUCGACGACAUGCCAACAAUCGAAGCUGGAUUCCUUUGCAGCCGAUUGGUGCCUUCUUCUUGUUUCACAGGUCGUGGAAGUCUGUCAAUAUUAUAACGCUGGCAGAUUGUCAACUAAUUUGUACAUGAAAAUGAAGCAAAAUGGAGAAAUACGAACACAUUGAAGUGGUUGGCGAGGGGUCGUAUGGUAUUGUGAUGAAAUGUCGCCACAAGGAGACCGGGCAGAUAGUUGCAAUAAAAAAGUUCAUCGAGACGGAAGAGGAUCACAAUGUGAGGAAAAUGGCAUUACGUGAGAUCAGGAUGCUCAGGAGAUUGCAUCACGACAAUCUGGUGAAUAUGAUCGAGGUGUUCCGAAGGAAGAAGAGGUUCUUUCUUGUGUUUGAGUACAUGGACCACACCGUAUUGGAUGAGCUCGAAACGACCCCCGGAGGAUUGGGAGAGAAGGUAUCGAGAGAGCACUUAUUCCAGGUGGUACGGGCGAUUCAUUUUUGCCAUAAUAAUAAUAUUGUACAUAGAGACGUGAAGCCGGAGAAUAUAUUAGUUUCGACUAGUGGUGUUGUGAAAUUAUGUGAUUUUGGUUUCGCCCGUCUGUUGGUGCCGUCGGGUGAGAACUACACAGAAUAUGUGGCAACCAGGUGGUACCGGGCACCAGAGCUACUCGUUGGGGACACCAAGUACGGAAGACCUGUAGAUAUUUGGGCGAUUGGUUGUCUUCUGUCAGAAAUGAUCUCUGGAGAUCCUCUGUUCCCUGGUGAUUCUGAUAUUGAUCAAAUUUAUAAGAUCACAAACCUCCUAGGGAAGUUGUGCCCUCAUCAUCAACAACUUAUAACGAAAAAUCCAAACUUAAGGGAGUUUAGAGAAGAAAAUAUAACUGAAAUCGAUAAUAAGCUGAAAGCACUAGUGAUGAAAUUUCCAUCGUGGUCAAGUGGAGCAAUUGAUUUUCUGUUUGCUUGUCUCAGACUGGACCCAAACGAUCGCGCUAACAGUAACCAGCUUUUGGAUCAUACGUUUUUCACUCACGAUGAUUUCCCUCUGCACUUCCUCCCAGACUUGCAAGCAAAGAUCCACCAGGAAUUUCAAAGCAAUAUCCUUCUGAGACGAUACCAGAUGAACCCAGAGCUAGAGAAAGUGAGAGGUUACAGACGUACUAGUCAAACUGAUUUACCAAGAUGGAGGAUAAGUCUGGUUGAGAGACAGAAUAAUCCGAUCAGUCCUCUAGUAGCUGUCAAUGGUAGUGGAAGCAAUCAGGUGGACAAUGGCGGACAGACGCCGAUGGAGGACGAGACUGAGUCAGCGGCGACGACGACAAUCGGCGACCGUUUCAGUGUGCUUAACAAGUACUCACCGCUACAGCUGACGGGCGCCUCACUGCCGCCUCGCUCCCGACAGAGCACCGCUGAGGGCCCCUCUUCGCCCGCCCACCACUUCCACAGUCUCGGCAGUGAGCUGCACAACUCACUCAACGCCAACUCAUCAUACGCUUUCCCCAUGCAGACACCCAUCAAAAACGUGUCGUUCAGCAAUAAUUUCAGGAACGAUUUCAAGAGAAAUAUGUCAAGAAUUGGACCAGGACUGGCUGUCAUACCUAGAGCAAAUUUGAUCCAACGUGUGGCAAUGGAUUCCUACUGUGAUUCAGAGUUUGCAGUCAAGAGAACUAUGAAUGCAAACAACAGGAAAAAUACUUACGAUGAUUUUUCUCUGCCAAAUCUCCCAGGAGCCAAAAAUCAGGGGAAAAGUAAUAAAAAGAAAUUGAAUCCAGUUAAUACUCAGGGAACACAAUUCGAUGCUUUCAUUUCCCCAAGACUUUUCAGAUCCCGAUCACCUUCGUCAAGUCCAAAAGGACCUCAAUCUUCGAAUCUUCCUAUGGUAUGACAGUUCAAUACGAAGGGUAAUAAUGUCAACAUCAAGAAACGACUAUUGAGACUUUUCGGCAACAAUUACCAAUAAUCGUGCCCUUGGAAGUUGAAUAAAAAUGUUUGAUAAAACAGAUUUUGUAUAAGUUAUAUGUGUUGGGCAGUGGGAUUGAAUUCUGGAUUGAAGACUUGUAUAAGUUUUAUCUGGAAAUGGAAUCGCAUUCCUCUAGAAAGUAGAAACUGAUCAGUUCAAGUUACUUUUCAAACACAAAUGAAUAAAAUAUUUUAUACAAAUAUUAUAUCCUGGAAAAUAAAUUAUAUGUACUGAAAUCUUGUAAAACAAAGACAGAAAAUAAAUCUAUAUAUCAAGAAAUCAGUGAAAGAAGUUGAUUCAUGGUUCAUGAGAAGAAAGUAACCUCGAAACUGAACAUUUUGGCAAAAUUAUAAUAGCCUAGUUGUGAUGAAAUGGUGAAACAUAAAAGUCUGUACUUUCUACA